AUUCAUAGAUAAAUUGCGAAAAUGUUCAUAUUUUUAUUGCAAGGUUUAAUGUUACAACAAAAAUUUUCUUAAAAUAUAUUGGAUUAAAAAAAAGAGGUUUCAGAGAAAAAUGAAUGGAAGGGGUAAUAAGAAAAAGUAGCAUAAAAGCUGUGAAUUUAUAUGAGUUGUGGGCUACUUGUAGAGUUUGUUUAUCGACAUGUGGCAUGACAUGACAAAUUUUCUGAUAAUUCUAACAGUUUUAUCCUUAUUUAUUUUAACAAAUUCAGUGCAAUUUAAAUUAUCAAAUAAAAAAAUAUGUCAACAACGUGAAAUAUUAGAUAAUGAAAUUUCCAUGAGAAAUCCAGAAACAUUUAUGGAUAUUGUUAAAGAAGUAGGAUAUGAUGCCGAGGAGCAUGAAGUGAAAACCGAGGACGGUUUUAUUUUGACGGUUCAUAGGAUAUUGAGUGGGCCAAAAUCAUCACCGGCAAGUGGAAAGCCAAUCGUCAUUCUACUGCAUGGAUUAUUAGCUGCUUCUGAUGUUUGGGUCAGUCGACGAGACUGUCAGGAUCUUGCUUAUCUUCUGGUAAAUAAUGGAUAUGACGUUUGGGCAUUAAACUUUCGGGGUAAUUUUUAUUCAAAACAACAUGAAAAAAUACCAACAAGUGAUUCAAAAUUUUGGAGAUUCAGUUGGCAUGAAUUUGGGGUUUAUGACACAGCAGCAACGGUUGACUACGCAUUAUCAGUAACAGGUGAAUCACGUGUAUCAUUAGUUGGACACUCGAUGGGUGGUACAGUGAUACUGGUUUUUUUGUCAUCACGACCUGAAUAUAAUUCCAAGGUGAAUGUUGCCCUCACGUUGGCACCAGUUGCCAUUGUCAACCAUACAUUUCCUGGUCUUUUUUCGUCGAUUGGUCUUCGAUAUGGAAAUCAAAUUCAAGAAGCUUUGAAAUUAUUAAAUAUUCAUGAAAUAUUUCCACGAUAUUCAUUUAAUACAUUUGCCGAAUAUAUAAAAUGCCAAAAGCGGAAUUUAUUCUGCUCCCAGUUGGGGUUUAUCCUUUUUGGUGUUACUAAUCUUGGAGUAUUAGAACCGGCAAUGAUGCCACGUCUUUUAAAUCAUUAUCCGCAAGGUACAUCAGUAGAAACUUUGGCUCAUUAUCGUCAAAUUUUACACAGUGGUAGAUUUGCGCAAUAUGAUUUUGGUCCAAUCGGUAAUUUCAUGAAGUAUCGAAAUGUAUUACCUCCAGAAUAUCCUCUUGAACGAAUUUCUGCACCAGUUGUCUUUUAUUAUGGUGAUGGAGAUCCAUUCGCAACUAGAUCGGAUAUCGAAAUAACAAUGAAAAAACUACAGACAGCAACGAUGAGGGAAAUAUCAUAUUCAAAAUUUGGUCAUAUUGACUUUGUGUUUAGAAAAGAAGUUAAAAACCUGGUUUAUGAUGAUAUUCUCGAGAUUCUCGAUGUGUAUAGAAAUGAUUCCAAAGAGAUAAUCAACGUAGUUCACGUUAAGUGAUUAGGAAUAAAAUGAAAGAAAAAAUAAGAUGAAAGAUAAGGCUUAGGGAUGAAUCGCGCUAAAAGAACAAUUCAUUUUUUAAUACUAAACUAAUAAUAUAAUUUUUUUGGAAGAAGUAUUCAAUACAAAAUAAAUGAUACUACUUUUAGUAUAAUUUUUCAUAUCGAUCUUGUAGCAUCGGCUAUUGAUGUCAAUUUGAAGUAUAUGCUUAAGGUAUAUGUUUGUUAUAGCAUUACACGCUAAAACGAACAGUAUGUGCUCCAAUCAUUUAAAAACAGACUGUUUAUAGAAGGUAAAAUAAACUGGAUAUCGUAAAAUUAUUGUAAAAAAGAUUAUUAUACACAUAAAAUUCAUCGAAUAAGAAAAUUUACUAUGAAACUUUUAACGUUCGAAAAAUAUAAAUAUUUAGAUUUAUUAAGUUUUUGGUAUAUGUAUACUCUUUAAAAAAAAACAUAAUAAUUUGCUUUGGUUUAACAGAUAAAUUCAUGUAUUCAUUAGAUGAAUAAUAUUAAUCAAUAUUAUCAAUAUUGGUUCAUCACCCAAUUCUUAUAUAAUUCGAUCUCUUCAAAAAGAUUAAUUUUAGAUAGUAUUCAUCUUGAGAUUAAGAUUAGCUUAAAUCAGUAGUAACGAAUUUUUCCGAGCUCUAUUCUGCUGGAUUCUAUAUAAUAUAUAUAGACUAAAUUCAUUUUGUGUUUGUACUAUUUACCUUAUAAUCUUUGAAAAAUUAGAUAAAGUAAUUUUUUUAUGUAAUACUGUUUCAAUGCACACUGCUGCCAGAUGAAUAAAACACGAAGUUCACAUCUUAUGUCGGUAUGCUAAAGAAAUUCUAGUAAUUAUAUUUAUAAUCAAAGUAUAAAUAGAAAAUUCGAAAUGUUAGUUAAUAAUACCUUAAAUUUUCCAUCUAUUACUUUGAUAUUUUUUUUUAUAUAAUACUUGACUAAUUGCCCAAACUAUCCACCUUUAAAUAAUUAGCAACACUCACAAGUUUUUUUACUUCUACGACCAAAGAUUUAGUCAGUUAUAAAAAAAAAAAAAAAAAACACAAUCAAGAUUAUUCACAUCGUUCUUUCAGUUUGUUACAUGAAAAAAGCCGUCUACAAUUUGCCCAUCGUAUAUCCAAUGUAUAAUCUGAAAUUAAAUUUAAAUUGUUAUACUUUAUCUGAAAAUAAUCAAUUUAAGAUUAAGGGCCCUUCCAUGUUUAUUUAUUUAAAUAAAUAUACUUCGAGCUA